UGCAAAGCAAAGCAUGUUGGACCACAGUUCAACGCCCAAAAUGGCGGCACGAUUGAAAAGUUUUGUUUGUUUUAUCCGAGUUUGUCUUCCUCACAGACUAUUUCCUUAGUUGUUUUAGCAGCACUGAAGCAUACCAUUUUCACACUGGUGGCACGCCGGCAUUUUUUUCUAAGGGUUGUGGAAUAAGGAUAUCAGGAUGGCGUUUUGCUAUCAGCUCAAAAUCGGGCAUUACUUUACCAAUGCUAGGCUAAGCUAGGCUAGCAAGCUAACUACUGUCAAAUGAAUGCUGGUUAAAAGCUUCGGUAGUUAUGUCUUGUCUCACCUGGAUCUCCACGCUGAACAGAAUAUGAAGGAGAGGACCUUCACAUAGAAAUGGAGGAUGAUGUGAAAAAAGUGAAAAAGCCUGGUAUCGUGUCUCCGUUCAAGCGAGUCUUCCUGAAAGGAGAGAAGGGCAGAGACAAGAAAGCCCAGGAGAAAGCCACUGAGCGCAGGGCCCUCCACACCUUCUCGCUCUCUCAGCCUGACCACCGCAUCGACCCUGACAUCCUGCUCAAUGACUACAUUGAGAAGGAAGUCAAAUACUUGGGGCAGCUGACAUCAGUUCCAGGAUACUUGAACCCAUCAAGUCGCACAGAAGUGCUGCAGCUCAUUGACACCGCCAGGAAGUCCCAUCAGUUGGCAGGCCAGCUGACAUCGGAGCAGGAUGCAGUGGUGAGUUUGUCGGCGUACAACAUAAAGCUUGUAUGGCGCGAUGGAGAAGACAUCAUCCUGAGAGUGCCCAUCCAUGAUAUCGCUGCUGUCUCCUACAUCAGGGACGACUCUUUGCACCUCGUGGUGAUCAAAACAGCCCAGGAGUCAGGAGGUUCUCCUUGUCCUAGUUCGUGUCCUGAUCUCAACAAGUCUCAGACCCUGAGCUCUUUAUCAGAGAGUGGAGCUGUGCUUGUGGAUGUCUGCUGUCUGCUUGUGCUGGCUGUUGAUAAUAAGGCAGCAGCAGAGGAGUUGUGUCUUUUGCUCAGCCAGGUCUUUCAGAUUGUUUACACAGAAUCAACCAUCGACUUCUUGGACAGAGCCAUUUUUGAUGGAGCAACUACACCUACCAGACACCUUUCUCUAUACAGUGAUGACUCUUCAAGCAAAGUGGAUGUUAAGGAGGCCUUUGAAGCGGAAGCCAGCACAUUUCCUUUCCAGGGCUCUAUGGGGGCAGAAGAAAACUCUCCAUCUGCUUCCACUCCAGCAUCCCCUCAGACGAAGACCGCGAGUGAAGGAGAGCUCAGCACCACUGCUGCAGAGUUGCUGCAGGACUACAUGACCACACUGCGGACAAAACUGUCAUCACAGGAGAUCCAGCAGUUUGCUACCCUGCUCCAUGAAUACCGUAACGGUGCCUCCAUCCAUGAGUUCUGCAUUAACCUGCGACAACUCUAUGGGGACAGCAGGAAGUUCCUUCUACUUGGGCUGCGUCCCUUCAUACCAGAGAAGGACAGCCAGCACUUUGAGAAUUUCCUGGAGACCAUUGGUGUGAAGGACGGCCGAGGCAUCAUUACAGACAGUUUUGGUCGUUACCGGCGCACAGCCAGCUCCGCCUCCGAUUCCACCACCAACGGCAACGGAGCAGCCGGAGGAAGCGCUGCCUCAGACGAGGGCCAGGACACCUCUGAGGGAGACGAGUGGGACCGCAUGAUCACUGAUAUUAGUAAUGACAUUGAGGCUCUUGGCUGCAGUAUGGACCAGGAGGGAGUGAUGCCCUGACGUGGUGAACAAAGCGCGCUGAGGACAUGGAAUGGCAGCCAGUCCUCAAAUGAACAGUAGGCAUGAGCUGAACGGAUCAGAUGAAGGUGGUCCUUAGCACUGACCUAAGAUUUGGUUAAUUGUAUUUUCCUCUAAUUGUCAAGAGGACGUUCCAUAGUCCCUACGCACUCAAGGAAAACCUCAACCUAUUACCACAAAAACAUGAAGUCAACAAAUGCACUUAUGCAGACCCUGUAGAUGACAUGCAGUCAGUUGGCUAUUUUUGCAUUUCAGAGGGAUUCAUAGCCUCUGAUAUAUUUUUAAAGUUUCUUUGAUUUUUGUACUCAUUUAUUGGCAGUAUCUGCCACUGCUGUCAGCAAUGUAGCGAAAAUCUUUUUGAGUUUUUGAGAAUAUUUCAGUCUGUUUUAUACCUGAAAACAAACUGACUAUACCUGACUGGAGUAUCCAUCAGAGGACUGUGUACAUGUUUUAGAAGGUUAAGACUGAGGCUGUACUGGUUUGUGUUUUUGUAUAACUAUAGGUCAAUCAGCUUCAUCCACCAGGAGAACUUUGAUUUUCUUCAUUUAAUUCCUAUUUGUGUGUUGCUGUUAGAGUGUAACAUUUUUCUAUAUAUCAUUUUGUUUUUCAAUAAGAUUUGUGUACCACUUUGUUUUACACUAUCAUUUGUUAUCAGUGUUUACUCAUUUAUAUAAUUUUGCCUUUUUCAAACUGACCAAGGAAAUGCUGUAAAAACAAAAAUUCUCAUUCAAUUUAAGCGAUUGAGUGGGGACUGUAUUUGACAAAGCCAGUUAGGUUAUGGCUGAUGUAAAUUUAUGAUUUUUGUUCUUCUCCUGCAGGUCAUCUUGUUAAUGUCUUGUGACAUCACAUUUAUCUGUCAUUGUGCCUUUACACUGCAGUACUGCUGCCAACUGUCUGUCACACACAGACAGGUAAUUAUGAACUGUAACUACAGUUGUUGAGCAAAUCAUGGUUAUUAAAUAACAGCUACUUUA